AUGCCAGCUCCGGGCUCGCUCCUACAUAGGAGCCUUGCUGCUUUGCUUCUAGGCACAUCCGCCGCCCAUGCCCAGAUCUGGGAUCAAGUGAUCGACACCACUGGGGGACCUGUCCAGGGUUUCAAAUACUUCAGCACCGAAACUCUCGAGGACUUCUUCAAUGUUUCUGAAUCCAACGUGACUGCGUUCCUUGGUAUUCCAUAUGCUGCUGAUACUGGUUACCACAGUCGUUGGAAAGCUCCACAACCGCGUCAAGCUUGGAAGGAAACGCUCAACGCCACCGAAUUUGGCUCGCCGUGUCCGACUAAGUUCACCUCUGGCUAUAGCGAGGACUGCCUGAGCUUGAAUAUCUGGACGAAUGCAGAUUCGGUUCAUGCGGGACUCCCUGUGAUGGUCUGGAAUCAAGGUUCGGAUCUGCCCAGUGAUAUUCCGUACUGGUAUGGUGGCGGAAUGGCAAUGAAAGAUGUCAUUCUUGUUUCUUUUAACCGCCGUGAUGAUGCAUUGGGAUACCUUGCUCACCCAGAACUGAAUAAAGAGGGACUUGAGGCUUUCGGCCAUGAGACAUCAGGAAAUUAUGGUGUCCUGGACUUUUUGGAAGUCUUAAAGUGGAUAAAGGCAAACAUCGCCGGCUUUGGUGGUAACCCAGACCGUGUUGUGAUUGCUGGUCAGUCAUUUGGCUCGUCACAGGUCUAUCAUGCAGUGAACAGCCCGCUUUUCUCAGGCUUGUUCCAUGGUGCCAUCUCGGAGUCUGGUAUUCGCUUCCCCCGUGACCCUAUGCUGGCAGGCCUUGCCACCUCGUAUAACAAUAUGUCCGCUGCUCUCUCACAUGGGUUGAACUACACUGCUUUCCACAAUGUUUCCACCAUCGCACAAUUACGAUCUCUAUCAUUGUCUGAUCUCAUGAUUGGCUCUGGUGACAGUGUUAAUAGCACCUGGAUUAACUCGAUCACGGCUCUUUCCGCGGGCUAUCCCGACAUCUUCAAGCCAGUUCUGGAUAACUUCGUUCUCCCGUCAACUUAUCUGGAGACCCUGGAACACGGCCCAGCAAAUGAUGUGCCUCUGAUUACAGGAAACACCUUGGAUGAAUCUGGCGCAUCACCAACAACAAACUACACCCUUGCGCAAUACAGACAUUACAACUUUCUCCGAUAUGGCAAUCUGUCGGAACGGUACUUCAAGCUAUAUCCGGCCACCGACAAGAAAGGUCAAAGCACAGCCAAUGCUAGCUGGAACGAUGCUGCCCGUGACCAAGGCAAGGUUGGUGCCUGGGCCUACGCUACUGAUUGGUAUCGCUCCGCCUCCUCCAAUUUCUAUACCUAUUUCUGGACACACGCGCCCCCAGGCCAGACCGAAGGAGCCUUCCAUAUGUCCGAGAUUAUGUACGCAUUGAAUGCGCUCUACUCUUGCAACAGCACGUAUCCAUUUACUUCUGAAGACUAUGCCAUUGCAGAGAAGAUGUCUGCUUAUUGGGCAAACUUCGCCAAAACCUUGGAUCCGAACAAUGGCGAUUCUUACACCGGGUCUGGUCACUUGCCUCGUUGGAAUGCCAACUCGCCUAAGGGUGAUCAGGUUGUCAUGGAGCUAGGAGAUUCCUUCUCUGCAGUCGAGAUCACUAGUCAAGAGAAAGUCGAUUUUGUGAUGGACUAUUUCCAUCAACAGCGUCCUUACUAG